AUGGCUUCUCCAAUUCCCCGCGGACUCCGCCAAGUGCUCCAAAAGUCCCCCAAUGACAUCGUCAUUCUCUCCUCGCUGCGCACGCCCGUCACCCGCGCCAAGAAGGGUGGUUUCAAGGACGCCUACCCAGAAGAGCUGCUCGCCAGCGUGCUGCAAGCAACACUGAAGGCAAACCCAAACCUUGACCCCGCCCAGAUCGACGAUGUGCUCAUCGGCUCCGUCCUACAAGAACUCGGCGGCGCCAAAGCUGGCCGCAUGGGCCAGAUCCACGCCGGCUUCCCUCACUCCGUGCCCUUCAACACGAUCAACCGCCAAUGCUCGUCCGGACUGGCAGCAAUCACAACAAUUGCGAACGGCAUCCGCGCCGGCGCCAUUAACGUCGGCGUCGGCGGCGGCAUGGAAUCCAUGACCCGCAACUACGGCUCCCGUGCCAUCCCCACGGUCCUCUGGCCCGAGCUGAAGGAGUCCCACUCCCAGGACGCACGCGACUGCAUCAUGCCCAUGGGAAUUACCUCGGAGAAUGUCGCGUCGCGCUACGGAAUCUCCCGCGCAGACCAAGACGCUUUCGCCGUCGAGUCUCACGCAAAGGCCUCAGCCGCUCAGAAGGCUGGCCGCUUCGACUCCGAGAUCGUCUCUGUCACUACCAAGACCCUUGACCCCGAGAACCCAGAUGCCCCCGCCAAGGAGGUGACCGUCUCCCAGGACGACGGUAUCCGCCACGGUCUGUCCCUCGAGAAGGUCGGCGCGCUCAAGCCCGCUUUCUCGCCUACCGGCGCUAGCACCGCCGGUAACAGUUCACAGGUCAGCGACGGUGCCGCCGCCGCUUUGUUGAUGCGUCGAUCCACGGCUGAGGAGCUGGGUCUGUCGGGUUCUAUUAAAGGGCGCUGGGUCGCGUCUGCUGUCGCAGGCUGUGCCCCCGAUGAGAUGGGUGUUGGCCCUGCUGUUGCCAUCCCUAAGCUUUUGCAGGCUGUUGGUGUUGAGGUCCCCGACGUCGGUGUGUGGGAGAUUAAUGAGGCUUUUGCUUCGCAGGCUCUCUACAGCGUUCGUAAGCUUGGUAUCGAUCAGGCUAAGGUCAACCCUAACGGUGGUGCUAUUGCUAUCGGUCACCCACUCGGUGCUACCGGUGCUCGCCAAUUGGCUACUCUGCUGCCUGAGUUGGAGCGUAGUGGUCAGGAGAUUGGUGUUAUCAGCAUGUGCAUUGGUACAGGUAUGGGUAUGGCGGGCAUGUUUGUCCUCCUGGCAUUGCAGAGAAAUGAACACCAAAAUGCCAAGCAUCAAGAUCACCAGCACGUGACCCGCGCCUUUCUUGAAUUUGUUUCUCCGUCCGGGCCAACUCCGCCAGCUCGACGCUCUCAGACAACAUUCGCGCCCACCUUAACAAUGCGGCCCUCAAUGCGCCUCCCUCUGCGGGAGGCAAACUUUGUCUGUUCCAGCUGCAGAAUUCAAGCUAACCCCCGUGUCUCGCCGCUCGGUCAAACCCGCCGCUAUGCCUCCGACACCUCCCCCGGAAUCCUCGAGCGCGCUCGGCGCAAGAUUUGGGGCACCGACAAGCCCCCAGGCCCAGCAGACCCCUACACUGGAAGUCAGAUCAUGCCUGGGGCUGGUCUGAGUCCCGGAGAGCCCGUACAAGAGGAGGCAUUCAGUCUUCAAGAGGGUGAAGCACAAUCUGAAGAAAUCGAUGAGAACCUGACCUGGGAGGGAAUGCCCAGGAUUGGUUAUCUCAAGGAGAAAGAAUGGCGUCUGAAGGGUCCGAAGGGACAUGCUGAUAGAGUCAAACCAUGGUACCACAACCCAAGACCUUUACCGUACAUGAAGGCUGCGCACCAAGCUGCCGUGGAGAUUGGUCUGAAGCAAAUUUUGGGCGAAAAGGUCACCGUUGUUAGCAAGAACAGCAGCCGAGCGAUCGAAGCCCAGCUCAAGUCGGUUAAGAUUGAAGGUCAAUCUGGUAACUGGGGCGACCGUCUCCGGUUCCCCGACAUUAAGACAAUGGAAUCUCUUCUGCGCAAUGCAGCAGGGGUUGUGGACGGCAAAGCCGGCGAUGUCGCUUUCCAGGAGAAGUUGAAGAUAGCCACCGAGCAGGGAGAUCGCCUGUAUGGCGCAGAGUCCAAGGGUCAGCUGCAGAACAGCCUCAGCUCUCUGUCGCUGGCUGAUGGAAACGUCAAGUUUGUUUUCUUCGCCCGCCUCUCCAAAUUGAUGUCUCAGCACAUUUCUGACUACAUCAUCACCUCUUCCACCACUACUGGAGAUGUCUUCCGCGCACAGGAGGCACUUCGCAAAAAGACUACCAGAUUGACGCCUGUGCUUCUCCAUAAGAUUAUGGAUAAGAACGGCGCCGCUGAAUUGCCUAACGUCAAGAUUCUCGAUGUCCGUCAGACUCGCCAUGACAACGAUGAAGAUCUUGGCCGCAAGAAGGUUAUUGUUUCUGCGCUCUACAAGGGUGGUUUGAUUACCAAGAGCCUGGGUCAGAAACAACCGCCGCCCUGGAAGCAGGCUAAGAAGACUGAGCUGAAUGCCUAG